AUGCGGCGGCGGGCGACCGACUUCCGGCGCCCGGUAAGACGGCGAUUCUCAUGCUGGAUCUGGGCGCUUCUGUUCUUGUUCUCGGUUGCGGCUUUUGUUCUGUUUGCUGUUCAUCAUAACUAUCGAGAUGAGGAUCGUGUGGAACAGCCCGUUUUGGAGAUAAAUUCCAGAAACGACCGAAUUACUCAUGAGAACCGUAAUUUCACCGAACAAAUACUAAACGCCAGAUCAUAUGCCAGACAGCUAGCCGAACAAAUGACUCUUGCCAAAGCUUAUGUCAUAAUCUCGAAAGAGCACAACAAUCUCCAUCUCGCUUGGGAGCUGAGCUCAAGAAUAAGAAGUUGCCAGCUGUUGCUCUCCAAGGCCGCCAUGCGGGAUGAGCCCAUAUCUCUGGAAGAAGCCGAGCCAAUAAUCAAAAGCCUAUCUUCUCUUAUUUUCAAGGCCCAAGAAGCCCAUUACGACAUUGCCACCACAAUUAUGACCAUGAAGUCCCAUAUCCAGGCCCUGGAAGAGCGAGCAAACACGGCCACCAUUCAAGGUACGGUUUUCGGUCAAUUAGCUGCCGAGUCAAUUCCCAAGAAUCUCGAGUGCAUCAACAUUAAGCUCACGGCCGACUGGCUUCAGAACAAAUCACUACAGCUUCUUGCAGACGAGCGGAAAAAUUCUCCCCGGCUAGUUGACAAUAAUCUCUAUCAUUUCUGUAUAUUUUCCGAUAACCUACUAGCUGUUUCGGUCGUUGUCAACUCGACCGUUUCUAACGCCGAGCACCCGAAACAGCUCGUUUUUCACGUCGUGACGAAUGGCGUUAAGUACGGAGCCAUGCAGGCUUGGUUUCUCACGAAUGAUUUCAAAGGCGCCACGAUUGAAGUUCAAAACAUUGAAGAAUUCACCUGGCUGAACGCAUCCUAUUCGCCCGCCGUGAAGCAGCUGCUCGACUCGGAUUCAAGAAAGUAUUAUUUCGAGAGCUCGCAGGACAGCACAGGUCGCGACCCAAAGUUCCACAAUCCGAAACACAUCUCCCUUUUGAACCACCUCCGUUUUUACGUCCCCGAAAUUUACCCGCAGCUGGAGAAGGUAGUUUUUCUAGACGAUGAUGUUGUGGUCCAGAAGGACUUGAUCCCGCUGUUCUCGAUCGACUUGCACGGAAAUGUGAACGGGGCAGUCGAGACGUGCCUCGAGGCCUUCCACCGUUACUACAAAUACCUCAACUUUUCGAACCCGCUCAUAAGCACCAAAUUCGACCCUCAGGCCUGCGGGUGGGCUUUCGGCAUGAACGUGUUCGAUUUGAUUGCUUGGAGGAGACAAAACGUGACUUCAAGAUAUCAUUUUUGGCUGGAGCAGAAUACGGACAGAUCACUUUGGGCGCUCGGCACACUUCCUCCUGGACUUCUGGCUUUCUACGGGCUGACUGAGCCGCUCGACCGGAGGUGGCACGUUUUGGGACUGGGUUAUGAUCUGAAUAUCGAUAACCGGUUGAUAGAGACAGCGGCUGUCGUUCACUAUAACGGGAACAUGAAGCCAUGGCUGAAGGUGAGCAUAGUCAGGUAUAGGGCUCUGUGGGAGCAGUAUGUUAACCGUGGCCAUAGAUAUUUGCAGGAUUGUGUUACGAGCUGA